AUGGCUUCAGUCAGCAUGGCAGCUUCUUUCCUCGGUGGCGCUGCCACUCUAUCUCCGGCAGCAGCCUCUCCACGGAGGCUGGUCAUAACCAACAGUGUUAAACCCAACACUGUGAAGGUCAGCGGCGAGACCAAGCAAGAGGGCAGCAGCAAUGGAAGGAGAGACAUUAUUUUCGCGGCUGCAGCUGCCGCCAUUUCUUCUGUUGCCGGAGUUGCGAUGGCUGAGCCAAAACGUGGGACUCCGGAAGCUAGGAAAGCUUACAAUCCUGUUUGUGUUGCCAACCCAACUGCUAGGAUCUGUAAUAACUGAAAAAAACCUUGCCUUUCUGUUACUCUUCUGCAUUUAUAUUUCAUCAUGAUCAUGAUUAUCAUGUAAUUUAUUUACUUUUCUGAUGUUUGAUUGAGAACUCUGUUUAUUCUAUAGAGUCCUAUCUUAUUAUUAGUAUAUAUUAAAAUAUUAAUUAAUUGUCUA